AUGAGAACCAAGCCUCGAUGUCUCCGCCCACUCACUGUUAAUCUGGAGGCUGUUGACCCUUGUCGCCUACCGCCAUCACCCACGCCGGCCAACCAGAACCAGCAAGCGGGUUUGCUUCUCGAGAGGUCUCCAAGGGCCGAGAGGACGACGCCAGCGACCCUAGAGGCCUACAGCAAGCACCGCAACGUGACGGGUUGCGACUUGUACACGCAGCCACCAGCCCACCAGGCCUCACCGACCACAGACAACAGAGGCGGAACUAUUACUCGCAUCGCCAGCUACAGCAACAUUCACAGCGCCACCAUGACCUACCCGGACCCUCCUCAGUUUUCAUCUGCUUCUCUGGACCUCGGCCUGUCCUCAGAGCCGUACAGCGCUUAUCCUCGGUCAGCCAGCGACUAUCCGACAACGACAAUGGGCUAUGACAGUGCAAUGUAUGCAGAGGCCCCGUACGUUUAUGGUAACGGAAAGGGGUCGCCUGGCUUGUAUCCUGAUGACAGUGAUAUGCACGGGACAUCUUCAGACUUGAGCAUCGCUAGUGCUUCAUCAUCCAACGCGGGGUCGCCGAUGUCGACUCAUGGGCAAAUCGCUCCGGUCAAUGAGUGGACCGCGACACCCCACGGCCUCGGGGUUACCCCGGGCAUCGUCGACCACAACGACUAUUUUCCUGGCAACGAAUACGCUUUCACCCCCAACGGUGUCGAGGCCUACACACCAUCUUACGACCUGGCAGCUAGCAAGGUACCUGGGUUUGUUGACCCUUCUCUUAUCCAUCCUGAGGUGAGGGCGAUGGCUAUGCCGAACAACUACGAGCAGCCUUAUUCGGCUCCUCCGACCAGCUCAACGUAUCCCACGUCUCCUGCACUCUCUGUCACGGCAUCGCCCCAACUUCGUGCUGGGAGCACUUCACCAUUUGUGCCAAAUGGAAACUACCAGCACCCUUACUCGCCCUUCCAGCCCCCCGUUGAUCAACGGCGGGGUAGCCUGAUAUCCUUUCAGUCAAAUGGCUCGACGGAGCAACCUUAUAGCGGCGACGAGUCUAGGGAGAAGCAACGAUGCCCGCACCCCGAUUGCGGCAAGUACUUCAAGGAUCUCAAGGCGCACAUGCUCACUCACCAGAGCGAGCGGCCGGAGAAGUGCCCUAUCGUCACUUGCGAAUAUCACAUUAAGGGCUUCGCACGCAAGUACGACAAGAAUCGUCACACCCUCACCCACUACAAGGGAACUAUGGUGUGCGGUUUCUGCCCUGGUUCCGGCUCUCCCGCGGAGAAGUCCUUUAACCGCGCCGAUGUCUUCAAGAGGCACUUGACUGCCGUUCACGGCGUUGAGCAGACUCCUCCUAACAGCCGUAAGAAGGGUAGCUCUAGCAACAACAGCACUAAGCCAUCAGGCUAUGCUCCUGAUGCUACAGGCAAGUGCUCGACUUGCUCGGAGACAUUCAGCCACGCCCAGGACUUCUACGAGCACCUCGACGACUGCGUCCUGCGUAUCGUACAGCAAGAGGAUCCGGCCGAGGCAGUCAACGCGAAGCGGCUGGCCGAAGUCGAGAAUGACCCCGAGGUUGUCAAGACGCUUACCAAGAACAACCUUCCCGUAACUACCGUGGUUCCAAACACGGAGGAGGAUGGAGAGGAUGAGCACAUGGAGGAUCUCGAGGGCGAUGAUAUGUCGAGGCGUUCUUCCAAACCCGGCGUGAUGUCGCCAACCCGGAAGACGAAGCCAACUAACCCACCAAAUGGUGUGCAAAAGUCGCGUGGCAUGACACACUCUCGUGGCGGUGUCCCGCUGAUCAAGCCUCGGUCCCGCAAGAAUCGGCAAAACUACCCGCAGUCAUGGGGCUUCGACAAGGGCCAGAUGACCAUUAAGAAGCGGGUGCUGACCGUUUUUGACGGGCCAAGGCGUCUGGUCAAGGACGACAUGAUGCUCUCGACCGAGCAGGAGGUGCGCAUCCGGCUGCAGGACAAGAAGCACUACAUCACCGACCUCGACCUGCAGACCCUCAAGCGCGCCGAGGGUUUCCUCAACGCCACCGAUGAGGAGAAGGGCCCCUGGAUCUCGGACGAUCCGACCAAGGAGGAGAUGAAGCUGAUGCUUGAGCUCAGCUUGCAGCAGUCUGCGGACAAGCAGACAAAGCAGCAAGACGAGCAAAAGCCGCAGGAGCAACAACAGAAGCCUUCUGAGGUGGCCGUCGUUGCCCAGUAA